CCAGCCCCUUCACACAAUUAAAAUCAUUGAGGAAUCAACUUGUCAUGAAGCUCCUUUGUCGAUUUUUGAUCGCGAUCGCUACCGCUAUCGCCUCUGGCGCCAACCCCGCACAAGCUACUGCGGAGUACAGGCUUACCACUAUUCUACCAUGGAUCUCCAAAAACUCGACCAGUGUUGACCUUGGAAUUGUCGUCAACGGCACGUAUUAUCUGUCUGAUCGCACCAACGCUGUCGUGCACAUCGUUGACCUCGCCUCCUCCACCGAGACAGGUCGGAUCACGGGUUUCAAAGGCGCCACAAUCAUCAACGGAACCGUCAACAAGCCCACGUCAGGACCCAAUGGUCUACUUUACAUCCCAGGUCGCAAUGAGCUAUACGUCGGAGAUGGCGAUGGCAGCGUCAAGAUUGUCGACCUGAGCAAAAAUACCAUCGUCGACACCAUCCCUCUUGGCAUCUCCAAACGCGCAGACGAGAUGACUUACGACGCAAACAACAAACUGGCAAUAGUCACGGGCCCCGAUGACGAUAUCGCCAUACUCGCCUUUAUCUCCGUCACAGACCGCAAAAUCAUCCAUAAAAUCUCUUUCGACAAUGCAACCAACGGCAUCGAGCAGCCAGUCUGGAAUCCCGCAGAUGGCCUCGUCUACGUCUCCGUCCCAGAAAGUAACGUCAACACCGGUGGCGAGAUCGAUGUUAUCGAAACCACGAACUUCACCACCACGAAGAUCCUACCCGUCACCAAUUGCAGCAGUCACGGUAUCGUCUUCGGCCCCAGCAACCAACUCCUCCUCGGCUGCUCCCAGGACGCCAUCCUCGCCGACAGCGUUGGCCAUACCCUUGUCGUUGAUGUCACAACAGGCAAGACCGUUGAAACAAUCGACGGCAUUGGCGGCGCAGACCAAGUCGCAUACAACCCAACCCUCAACUACUACUACGUCGCAGCAUACCAAUACCAAGUCAACGGCAGCGCGACAGGCGCUGCGGAUCCUAAGGUUGGCAUCAUUGAUGCGGCUACGGGGACCCUCUUGCAAACGCUUAAGACAGAUAAUGUUACGGCUCAUGCGGUUGCGGUUGACCCGAAGACCAACAAGAUGAUGAUUCCAUUGGCGGGUAAGGGAAUUGCGAUUUAUGACUUUGUUGUUGGGACGAGUACAACGACGGCCACAGCUACAACGGCUACCGCAACGGUUAUGACAACCAGUGCUGCUAACAGGCUGGGGGUAUGCUCCGUUUCUCUCUUCUCUUUUGUUGUUGCUGUUUUCUUUGGCGCUGGGGUAGCCUGAAGUUGUUAGGAAUAAUGUAGUCGCUGCACCCGAGGCGGUGGUGGUAUUCCCUUGUUUUGCUACAAUCGUCUUCCUGCUCAUCUUCUACUUCCCGGCAGGAGUAGUGUCGCUUCAUCUCCUGUAUCUAGGAUCCAUGGGUGGAUUACUGGUAUAAGAUACGAAGCAGCUUAUAAUACAACCUGAUAAAACAUUACUUACCCUUCGUUAGCUG